GUACUUUAGAAAAUGUUUACAUUGGUACUGGUGUGAAACAUUCUGGAAUCCCUUAUUCUCCUCAAUUACCACCAUUUCCAAAAGACCAAUACUCUUCUCAGGAAACUAUAGAGCAUUUAGAUCCUUCACCUGGUGAUGAUGAAGAAUAUCAGAAAGUACUUGAAAUCCUGAAAUUAAGAGAAGAAAGAAGGGCUCAAAUAAAAGAAGAAAGACUUCUUAAAAUAGAAGAAAUCAAAGAAAAAGGGAAAAAACAGCAUGAUGAUGUAGAACAUGAAUUUGAGGCUGAAGAUAGUGAAUUAUUAGAGGAAAUAGAUAUCCAAAAUGAAGAAACAGUGGACAUAAUUAAGAGUGAUAAUAAAGAAGAUAUUUCAUCACUUAAAUCUAAAAGAAUUUCUUCUGUUUCCAAAAGCUCUAACAAAGUAUUAGAAAAUGGUACCAAACAUGAAUCCAGAAAAAUUGCAGAAUCUCAGAAACAAAUACUGAAACAGGUGAAAUCUGAAAAAUAUAAUACAGAAGAACACAGAAAAGAAUCUAAGAAAACUACAACUAUUCCAGUUCUUGAGAAACAAAGAUCAUUUAUCAUAUCUAAAUCUGAAACUUCAAAACCUAUAGAAUUAUUAAAAGAAGAAUCUUUGAAGCAGGAGCAAUCACAGUCUAUGUUAAUUUCUAAUGAAGAAACUGAAGCUGUCAACUUUUCAAACAGAAGAAACCUUCAUUCAGUUAUUUCCAUUCCUUCAGAAAAAAAUAUUUCUGGAUCAGAUUCAAAAGUUGAAACUGAUAAAAUCAUACAUUCAACUCUUAAAGAUUCAUCAUCAUCAGUUCCUGAAAAACAGAUGUCUAAAGUAGAGCCAGUAAUUGAAAUACAGACAUUGAAAUCUCCAUCUUUUCCAGCACAGAUUCUAGAUUUAAAAUCACAAGCAUUUGAAAAAAACAUUCAGCUAUCCUGUACAGAGACUUCAGAAUCUCCAAAAUAUACUCCUGAGUCAAAAGAAUCUGAAAAAAUAAUUCAGUCACCUCACUUGGAAACUUCAGAAUCUCCAAAACAUAUUCUUGAUUCAAAAAAGUCUGAAAAAAGAAUUUCUUCAAUUUUUAUAGAAUCAAUUCCAUCUCAAAAAUAUUUAUCUGAAAAAGAGAUCUCUCUUUCAAAAGUAAAAGCUAAUAGUUUAAAAUUGUCAUCCCAUAAAUCUUUAGAGUUACCGUCUGAUAAUGAAUCUACAUUAUUUAUUGACAAAUCAUCAGCAGAAAACUUAAAUAUCCCAUCUCAAGUUAAGCAAUUAGAUGUGAUACAAGAUUAUGAAACCACUUCAGAAAUAUCAGUAAAUCCAGAUUCUAAUCUUCAAGUAUUAAAAUCUGUUUCUGGCAAGCAAAGUUUUAUUUCUGAGAUGGAAAAAGAACCAAACACGUUUAAAUCAUUUUCAGAUAUUAAAGAAGUUUCUCACUUAUCUUCUAAAGAUUUUAAAACAAUUACUUCUGAAACAGAACUGAAUGAAGACAAAAUAAUUGCUGAAAUUUCUCACGAAAAGAAUACAGAAAUUCUUUCAGAAUAUACUGAUUUCUCUAAAGUUUCAUCAACUCCUAAAGCAUCAAAACUCCUUUCUUUUAAAUCAGCCGAUACAAAUUUUCAGAAAAAAUCUCCCAGUAAAAUUUCCAUGGAUAUAAAAAUAUCUAAAAUGAUAACCGAGAAGUCAAAUAAAUUAGCUGAGUUACUUUCAGAUUACGAACUGAAAGAGGAAAGACAGAAAAAUAAAAGAAAAAAACAAGAGAAAAAAUAAUUU